CAUAUUCACGUUGUAAAUGUAAAUAUAAUUGAUUUAAUAAGGAAUCUAUGAAAAUCUUUAUAUUUUGCUGAAAUCAUAAGCUAUGAAUAAAAUUACGAUUUUAAUUGAGGCGUUUAGUUGUUUAUUUAAUUAAAAUAAUUACAAAAAAUAUAGAAAGAACAUGAGUAUUCUAAAACCUUUAUACAAUUUUAAAAUAUUUUUUAACAUUUACUAGUGUCAGAUAUUUAAAUAAGAAAGCUUUAGUCCGAAUCAUUAUUAACAUUCACUUUUAACUGUUUGAUUCAAUAAAUUUUGCAACUGCACGCCUUAAUUAGCGUUGUUUUAAUUCGAUUGUUGAAAUGUGAAACUAUAUUCAUUCUGACAGUAAAUCUGUUAAAUCAAUAAUAGUUUGUCCUCUAUACAAGUAUAAGAGAAUUGUGACAUGUAUAUAUAUAUUUACAGUCAGACGAUUCGUAGGUAGCAUAAAAAGUGAAUCGAGACAAUCGAGGUAGGGACUUUAAAUAUAAAAAAGAAAUGUGUCUCUGUCUUGGGCCAUUUAAAUCGGGCAAAACUCUCCUAAUGAAAAGUCUCCAAGGAGACGAGAUCGACGAUGCGACUCAUACUGUACCUACCAAUGGGAUAAAUUUAUUUACCGUAAAAAAUGAUACUGGCGAAUUCGACAUGGUGAUCAAAGAAAUCGGAGGUAGCAUGGCACCGAUAUGGAAGCAUUACUUUGACAAGGUGCAUAAGAUAAUCUUCGUGGUAGAUACCAGCAAUCUUUGCCAAAUAAGCGCAGCGGGUGUAUUGUUGUAUUCCUUCCUAGUGGAGCCGAGAUUACGAAAUGUAAAAGUUGCACUCAUUUUGAAUAAGAUGGAUGUUUCGUAUCGUCAGAUGAGAAACGAAGCUCUAUUGAUGUUGCAAUACGCGCGUUUGCAAAGGGAAGUGACGCAGAAGAUCACAGUGUUGGAGACCAGCGGAAUGACGGGUCAAGGAGUAGAGGAUCUACGCAGCUGGUUAUUCGAUCCGGAAACGCUGAAAAACACACUCAAUGCUAAUAAAUGAGCGACGAUUGUAUUAUAUUGUUACGCGUUGAGAAAGAACGUUAUCUUAAAAUGUCUCGUCUUCAUUUUUAUUUACACUCGAUCUUACAAAGUUAUAAAUGUAUACUAUAAAUUCGCGGGUUUUUUUGGAGAAGAUAUAUAUUAACGCGUGUUGUCAUAUACAGUCUACGUCUGCGCAGUCUAAAAUAAAAUUUAACAAAAUACUGCUUGUCACCGAGCAUGCUAAAAAAACGUGCGAUAAAUGAGCGACGAAGGAAUUUGAAUUUUUUACACUUUAUCUUAACAGCAUCUCUAAAACAUUAAUAACGUGCAUGUAUAUAUUCGGAUGUAUACGAAAGGAUGUAGGAACCGCGAAAGAGAAGAUUUAUGUUAUUACAUGCCGUGUUUGUAAUGCCGUUAAUGUCAUUACAUGCUACCAAUGAUAACAAAGAUAACUAUAUAAAUAUUUGCCUUCCCGCUUAAAUAAUCUUUUUGAGCCGUUUUUGAGCCGCUUUUUUCUCGCUUAUAUCUUCUCGUUCUUCCAGAUAGUUUUCAAAGACUUGUAAUAUUGUUUACUUGUAUAAUAACAUUUAAUGUAUCCUUGUGAGAUCCUCUACUAUUUUUACAAGAUCGUCUACCGUCGAUUCCUUUUUCAUUCCGCUGCCAUCAUCAAUCUAUGGGGAAAAAAUAUAAUGGAUUAAGAUAUUUCUGAAAAUUAUAUAAUCUACAAAUUAUUUAUAAAUAUACACUUG